AUGGCACAUCAGCAUGCUACGGCUGCCGCCGGCCGGGGUGGUGGUAGCAUGGAGAUCGUCCCCUACAGCUACAGCAGCGGCCGCGACCUGGAGCUGGAGCUGCCGCCGUUUGACGUGAAGCGCCAGGACUCGCUCUACCGCGACGCCACCAUGCCAGCGCACGCCGGCCACCACGGACAGGAGAGCUGGGUUCGGACGCUACGGCUGGCGUUCCAGUGCGUGGGCAUCCUCUACGCCGACCUCGGCACGUCGCCGCUCUACGUCUACGCCAACACCUUCAAGUAUGGCGUCAAGCAUGAGGACGACGUCCUCGGCGUGCUGUCCAUCAUCAUCUACAGCUUCAUUCUCUUCACCAUGAUCAAGAUCGUCUUCAUCGCGCUCUACGCCAACGAUGACGGUGACGGUGGCACGUUUGCGCUCUACUCGCUGAUCUCGCGGUACGCCAAGGUGUGCCUCAUCCCAAACCAGCAGGCAGAAGAUGAGCUCGUGUCAAGGUACAAGCACCGCGGCAAGCCGUCGGCGACGCUUCGGAGAGCCCAGUGGAUCAAGAACCUGCUGGAGACGAGCAAGGCAGCAAAGAUCUCACUCUUCUUCCUCACCAUCCUUGCCACGGCGCUGGCCAUCAGCGACUCCAUGCUAACCCCUCCGAUAUCAGUACUUGCGGCUGUCAACGGACUCAAGUUGAGAGCACCUCAUCUGACUACAGAUGCAAUGGUAUGGAUCACAGUGGCCAUUUUGGUGGUUUUCUUUUCGGUCCAGCGCUUUGGGACCGACAAAAUUGGUUACACAUUUGCACCGGUGGUUUUUGUGUGGCUCCUCCUCAUCUCCGGCAUCGGGAUCUAUAACACGGUCAAGUACGACAUUAGCACAUUGAAGGCUUUCAACGCCAAAUAUAUCAUUGACUAUUUCCGAAGGAACAAAAAGAAAGGAUGGGUCUCAUUGGGUGAAAUUCUUCUUUGUUUCACAGGCACUGAAGCUCUUUUUGCUGAUCUGGGAUACUUCAGCAUCAGAUCUAUACAGCUAAGCUUCACCUUCAGCUUAUUGCCUUCAGUGUUGCUCACAUAUAUUGGGCAAGCGGCGUACCUGAGGAAACACAUGGACAGGCCUGAUAUCAUACCUAACAUUUUCUUCGAAUCGAUUCCAACAUCUUUGUUUUGGCCAACUUUUGUUCUAGCUCUCAUCACAUCAGUCAUUGGAAGCCAGGCUAUGGUCUCGUGUGCCUUUGCAACCAUGUCGCAUUUACAGGCACUCAACUGUUUCCCAAGGGUUAAGAUACUGCAUACAUCAAGGCGUUAUUCAGGCCAGCUGUACAGCCCUGAAGUGAAUAUCUUCCUCUGCAUUGCAGCUUGUGUUGUAACCAUAAGCUUCAGGACAACUGGUUUCAUAGCCAAAGCACAUGAAAUUUGUGUGGUCCUUGUGAUGGUUAUCACAACUCUCUUGAUGACAAUAGUGAUGCUCCUCGUGUGGAAGGUAAACAUCUGGUGGAUAGCCAUAUUCUUCGUUGUCUUCAUGUCUACAGAGUCCAUCUACACAGCUGCAGUCCUGUAUAAGUUCACCCAUGGACCGUAUGUGCCAGUGGCCAUGUCGGCUGUUCUCAUGUUCAUCAUGAUCGUGUGGCACUACGUGCAUGUCAAGCGGUACAAGUACGAGCUUGAGCACACUGUGUCACGAGACGAGGCAAAAGAUCUGCUCGAGCGCCGGGACCUAAAGAGAGUUCCAGGCCUAGGGCUUUUCUACACCGAACUGGUGCAAGGCAUCCCGCCUAUUUUCCCUCACCUCAUUGAGAAGAUCCCUACCAUCCACUCGGUGAUUGUCUUCAUCACGGUGAAGAAUUUGCCAGUACCCCAUGUCGAUGUCAUGGAGCGCUUCCUCUUCCGCCAAGUGGAGCCCAAAGAGUUCAUGGUGUUCCGUUGUGUGGCAAGAUAUGGGUACCAUGACGCACUCGAAACGGCCGGUGAUUUUGUUAAAAUUCUAGUUGAGUACCUCCAGUACUAUGUCAGGGACUUAAACCUCUAUGGAGUUGGUGGUGAUGAACCAUUGAAGAUUGUCUUCCAUAGUGCUCGGGUGGACAGCUUUUCUUGGGAGAGGAAGCCCUCAGGACAUGCCAUCUAUGCUGAGGAGAUGCUUACACCGGCCCAAUCCUUCUCGGAGCUCACAAUGCAUCCAGUCUCCAUGAGCAGUAGAUUGGCACAUUUCCAGACAGGGAAAAUGAACCUGGAGGAGAUGUUGAAGAUCGAGGAGGAUCAAAAGAUAAUCCAACGCGAGGUGGACAAUGGUGUUGUUUAUAUAAUUGGGGAGAGUGAACUAGUAGCCAAGCCUCAUUCAAACUUGUUAAAGAAGAUUAUUGUGAACUACGUCUAUAGCUUCCUAAGGAAAAACUCAAGAAAUGGAGAGAAGAUGCUAUACAUUCCAAGAGGCCAACUACUCAAGGUUGGAAUGACAUAUGAGAUCUAG